UGAGGUCACAGACAACUCUCUUCGCAUCCACAUUCCAUGCCUUAAUGCACCCAUCGGAUGUACCUAUAAGAAGCUUUGAGUCCAGGCUUUCAAUGAAGCUCAAGAAGCUCUGAUCAAAGUUCUAUAUGAGCAAUUCAAGGAUCACAGAAGAUGCAGUUACAUGAUAGCCAAUGCACUGGAUGAGGAUGGUAAAUUCACUGCUGCUCAAGUCUCUCGAAAACUUAAGCAGCUUGGUUUAUCUCUUCCUCAGAAGAGUUCUGGAGGCAAAAUGCACCCAAAGGAUGCAGAUCUCAUGGAUCUUUCAAAUGAUAGGAUGGAUGAAUCUGAUGAUGAGACAUUGGUAACAUUGAUAAAAAGGAAGAAAAUGGAGAAUGACAAAUUAUCAAGGGGACAGUUACAUGGACAAAUCAGUGAGGAUAGAUUGUCAACAGAUGAUUCUGAUGAUGAAAUGCUCAGCUCUGUUCUCAAAAGAACUAGAAGAUCCUCUCUUAAAUCAAAGCAAGUUGAGCUUGAAAAUAUCCAAAUUCAGGAGAGCAUAAUGGGCGAUGAUUCUUUCAAUGAAGGCAAAACAGAUGUUUUGGAAAGGGAUAAUCGUGUUGAUUCUAUGAAUUCCUCCCAAAUAGAACAUCAGCAAAUGGAUGACUUAGCAGAUUCAGAAGAUGAAGUGGCUGUUAGUGCAUUUCCUGACAAUGCCAGAUCUAGAAGGCAGCUGAGAAUGGUGAUUGAUCCUGAGGAUGAUGACUGAAGGAAAAAGCAUGAUUAGGGUCCAGGUUUCUUUAUUUUUGCAUAUAUUUUCUACUAAACUGAAGGAGAAAGCAUUGAUUAGUGAGUGUCGCAAAGACAAGAUAUCAGGAAUUUUACAAGUUUCAACCCUUAUUACAAUAUAUCAGUUCUA